AAGGUUCCACGUACAUUUAUGUAGUAUAGUUAGCUUUAGAUAUGUAUAAGAAUGAAUAUUGUAUUAAUGAGGGUAAUCUGGCAGUCCGCAAUAAAUGGUCGAAUUGAAUACACGCGUUUCAUUGUGCUCCUUGCUAAGAUAUAUUACAGUGGCGACGAGGAUACUUUUAACUCGCUGUGUUAUUUUGUAGAAUUUAUACCGUGGCUAGUGGACAAUCUGACAAUAUGUCGAUAGGCCGAUUGAGUGAGUUCGAUGUUCAAACGGGACAGUGGUCGUCAUACAUUGACAGAUUGGAUAUGUAUUUCAAAGUGAACAAGAUAACGGAUGACUUGAAACUGCCGACGAUGAUUGCUACCAUGGGGGACGAAGCAUAUGAGUUACUAGUCAACCUAGCUAGUCCAAACAAACCCUCGGAUUUAGUUUACCAGGUAGUGGUUGAUAUGAUGCGUAAUCAUCUGCAACCUACGCCGUCGUCGUUAGCGGAGCGGUUUCGUUUUCGUCAGAAAAGACAAGGAGCGGAGGAGGAUAUAGCAGCUUACGUCGCGGAAUUGAAAAAAUUAGCUCGGAAUUGUAAGUUUGCAGCUAAUUUGAAUGAAAAUCUACGGGACCAGUUUGUAUGUGGACUUAAGAGUGACGUCAUCAGGCAACGGUUAUUCGGUGAAGAUGACUCAGUGACUUUCGUGGAAGCCGUUAAUUUAGCUACCUCGUUGGAGGCGGCGGAGCGGGAUGCGGCGGUGGUGGAGAGUGCUGCAUCAACAAACGAGACGGGGUCCAACAAGACGAGUGCGGUACAUACACUUAUGCAAUCGAGGCGAGGCGGCGGGGGCGGGCGGCUGCGCGGUCGCCGCCGGUCGGCCGGCAUGCGCCCGACAUUCACUACAGCCAGCGCGGCUACGACGUACGAACGUGGGAGCCGGGCGAACUGUGCGGCUUGUGGAGCUACGAACCAUGUGUAUGCAGACUGUCGCUUUCGGGAUUACAGAUGCAGUCUAUGUAAGCAUAUUGGACACUUGCGACGAGUUUGCUCAUGGGAUGAUGGCAAACUGUCGCGAGGAGUAGUCACGGAUCGUCGUGAGAGACAGAAGGAAGGCUUUCAUUACAAUGACGCUGACCGGGAGACGAGCGACGAGGAGGAGGAAAACAUCGUGGAAAAUUUAAACCUUAUGGGACUGGACAGUUAUAAAGCAAUAUGAGGCGCUAUUUGACGGUAGAUUGGGGCGGUACACGGGAGGCAAGGCGACGCUGCGUGUGCGGGACGGAGCGACGCCGGUGUUUCAUCGUGCGCGGCCUGUACCUUACGCACUGCGCGAACGCAUAGACGCGGAGCUAGAUGCAAUGCUGCGUGCCGGCGUCAUCGAGCCUGUGGACUGCUCCGACUGGGCAUCACCAUUGGUGCCGGUAAACAAGGCAGACGGUACGUUGCGAAUUUGUGCGGAUUAUAAAGCGACACUUAAUCCAGCCUUGUUGAUCGAUCGUUAUCCUUUGCCGAGAAUUGGAGACGUGCUUGUAGGACUUAAUGGGGCACAAUUUUUUAGUAAAAUUGAUUUGUCACAGGCGUAUAACCAGGUCGAGUUGGAUGACUCUAAGAAAUACACGGUAAUUAACACACACCGCGGGUUAUUCCGUUAUAACAGAUUGGUUUAUGGGUUAGCUUCAAGUGUAGGAAUUUUUCAACGAAUAAUGACCAAGUUAUUAGGUAAUAUUCCAAAUGUGCAAGUAUUUUUAGAUGACGUUAUAAUAGGAGGUAAAACUAAGGAGGAACAUUUGCAAGCACUCGAAUUAGUUUUGCAAAAGUUGUCGGAUAAUGGGCUAAAACUAAAGAGACAAAAAUGCGUAUUUUUGGUAAAUGAGGUUACAUAUUUAGGUUAUGUCAUAUCCAAAGAUGGGGUCAAAGCAGAUAUGUCAAAAAUUAAAGCUAUACGUCAGAUUCCGACACCCAAAAAUAUUAGCGAGUUACGUUCGUUUCUGGGCACAGUAAAUUUCUUUUCAAAAUUUAUAAGAAAUUUUAAUUCGUUGUUAGUACCAUUAAAUAACUUAUUACGUAAGGGGGUAGAGUGGAAGUGGAGUAGAGAGUGCCAAUGCGCUUUUGCGGAGAUUAAAGAUGCCUUAACGGGGACUGCGGUAUUGGCGCAUUAUGAUCCUAAGAGCCCACUCAUAGUUACUUGCGAUGCUAGUCCGUGGGGGGUCGGGGGAGUCCUAGCACAGUCAGGACCCCACGGGGAGCGGCCCGUGGCAUAUGCGUCACGAUCACUCACUCCUGCUGAAAAGAAUUACUCUCAGAUCCAUCGCGAGGCGUUAGCCAUUAUAUUCUGUAUGCGGAAAUUUCAUCAAUAUAUUUACGGAAGGAAAUUUACAUUACGUACGGACCACAAACCACUGGUUUCCAUUUUUGGCCCUCAAACGGGUAUACCUACGAUGACUGCAAGUAGGAUGCAGAGAUGGGCGGUUAUACUAUCUGCUUACAAUUACGACAUAGAAUAUAUAAAGACAAACGAAAACUGCGCGGACGGGUUGUCGCGUCUUCCUGUCAGUUAUGGGGAUCAUAAUGGAAUAGAGGAAUUAAUUCCGGAACAAACAUACCUUCACUUCGCUCAGGAUGGUAUGUUGCUAGAAUAUAAUGAAAUCAAAAAACAAACGGAAAAAGAUCCGGUCUUGGGGAGAGUGCUUAGUUACAUCCGCGACGGAUGGCCGGAAAAAUGUGGUAUUUUAAAUUUGCAACCGUACUUUAACAGAAAAACGGAAUUAUACGAGGAGUUAGGCUGUAUAAUGUGGGGACAUAGAGUAGUGAUUCCGGAAAGAUGUCAAAAACAGGUAUUAAAAAUAAUUCACGAACCACACAUGGGCAUCGUGAAGUCCAAGGCUUUAGCGCGCAGUUACGUAUGGUGGGCCGGCAUCGACGAGGCGGUAGAAAGAGAGUGUCGCACGUGUGAGGUUUGUGCAGCACAAUCGGAUGCACCGCCCCGCGCAGCACCACGCCCAUGGCCUUGGCCGGUCAGGACCUGGUCUAGGUUGCAUUUAGAUUUCAUGGGCCCAAUAGCCGGUAAAACAGACUUAGUUGUUGUGGAUGCAACGUCUAAAUGGAUAGAGGUAUGCCCCGUGACAAGUACGGCGGCAAGUUGCACAAUAGCUAGGUUAAGUGAAUUAUGGAGUAGGUGGGGCUUACCGAGGCAAAUCGUCUCCGAUAAUGGGCCACCGUUUACAAGUGGUGAAUUUGCACAAUUUGUUAGAAACGAUGGCAUAUAUCACAUAUUCACGGCGCCAUACCAUCCAUCGUCGAAUGGGGCCGCUGAAAACGCAGUUAAAACAUUGAAGAAUGUUAUAAAGAAAGCGAUUUCUGAAAACAGGAACGUAGAAAGGGCUUUAAAUACAUUUUUAAUGUACUAUAGAAAUACUGAACAUUGUACUACAGGAGCAAGUCCGUCUGCAUUCAUGUUAGGGAGGCGAAUACGUACUAGGCUGGACGUGUUCAAACCGGAUCGAGAACUUAAAGUAAAACAAGUCCAACAGAGACAAGUUGAGGGGUCAAUAGGUACAGAAAGAAAAAUUAGAGUGGGGGAUGAUGUCUGGUUUCGUCAAUAUAAUAUGAAAGGCGAAAAGUGGUCGACCGGGAAAAUAGUGGAAUCAAACGGUCAUAAUGAUUUUAAAGUACAGGAUAGUAAUAAUAAACAGGUACAUAGACACAUCGAUCAACUAAGGCGUAGGACAAGAGGUUCGCUUGUAAUUCCGACAGGUUCUGCGCGACGUGAGUCGGGACCUUCCGACGAGCCGCCGGUGGAGAGCACGGUGGGGCAGCCGGAGGCGCCGGUGGACGCUGCCGCGAGCUCAAGACCCGUCUCCGUCCAUCGAAGUUGAGGAGAGCUCCCAUGAGACGCAAAAUAAAUUGUCGUCACCGUCGCCAUCCAUACCGGUACCGCCUCAAGCGCGCCCAAUCAGACAAUGUAGGCUUAAUAAAAAUAUUAAUUAUAAGGCAUAACGGUGGUAAAGAUUUAGGCAAUAAGCAAUGAGAUCUAUAAACUAAAUUAAGAAUUUAACCUUUAUAAAUAUCAUGUUAAUGUGUCAUCAAGUAUAUAAUGUAAGUUGUAAGGUGUUAUCGUCAGUUCACUACUGUAUACUGGGUAAUAAAAUAGUGAGGAGGAGUGUAGUAUAGUUAGCUUUAGAUAUGUAUAAGAAUGAAUAUUGUAUUAAUGAGGGUAAUCUGGCAGUCCGCAAUAAAUGGUCGAAUUGAA